UCAACCUCAUUUAGGUAGGCCUAAUGAAAAAAGCCAUCUCAAAAGUGUGUCUAGCACAAUUAACAACAUUUUUUAUUUAAGAUGUCGAAAUUCGAGAACCUAUAAUUAAAGCUUUGCAUGAGCAAAGGCUCCAAGAAGAAGGAAGGAGAAGUAUGCUGUCUGUUGUUAGCAUCCUGCACUGAAGUCGCAGGGCUAUCACUUAGGUUUUCAAGGAAUUAAAAUCCGACCUGUCUUAUCUGACACGGUGGUUUGAGACUUCAGACCACGUCAGAGAGACUCACUCAGCGGACUGAAUCCGGAGCUCCGCCUCAGUCCAAUGAAUUGGCUCACAAGCCCAACACGCACACCACAUUUGAUGAGUUCUUGUAGGUCUAUAGUUUGGUCAGUCAGUAUCACUUACAUCCCAGUUGAUCCAAUUUCUGCCUUUGAUCUGUGCAAAGCUUGAAGAGCCGGGGCUGCUGUAUCAUGGAGCACAUGUCCUCUCCGGUCAGGUUCCGCAGCAACAAGAAAGCUUCGACUUUCUCAGACACGGAGUUUUCGAGCCUGUCCAUUGAGGACCAGGAGGACACUCAGUUUCCUUUUGCCAUGAGGGAUCUGCCGCCUGUCUCUCAGCCUGGUGAACAGCACCAAACAUCAGCACCCAACAAUUCUGAGGCAGAGGAAACUGGGAUGGGAACCAACGGGAGGCUUCCUAGCCUACCUGGGACUCCCUCCACACUACACCCCGUCCCCUGCCACUCUGCUGGCUCUCCAACAGUCCCUCCCAGGCCGCAUCGCACGGGAAUAAACACAGAGUAUCAUCCCCCGCCGCUGAGGAGGCAGGUCGUCACUCAGGUGUCUCUUGACUCUCCCCUAAGCCCGGCCUCACGUCCACGGAGCCCCUGGGGACGCUUUGAUCCGUACGACUCUCCAGAGGAUCAGGACAAGGAAUAUGUGGGUUUUGCCACAUUGCCAAAUCAGGUUCACAGAAAGACAGUAAAGAAAGGCUUCACAUUCACGCUCAUGGUGGUAGGGGAGUCUGGCCUCGGUAAAUCGACACUCAUCAACAGUUUGUUCCUCACCGACCUCAACAAAGACAGAAAGGUUCCCAACGCACAAGAGCGAAUCGAUCAAACAGUCGACAUCGUCAAGCACACGGUGGGCAUUGAGGAGAAAGGUAUCAAGUUGAGACUCUCCAUCAUAGACACACCCGGGUUCGGAGAUGCCAUCAACAAUACAGAGAGCUGGAAGCCGAUAGAAGACUACAUCGACCAGCAGUUUGAACAGUACUUCAGAGAUGAGAGUGGGCUGAACAGAAGAAACAUCCAGGACAACAGAGUGCACUGCUGCCUCUACUUUAUCUCGCCCUUUGGCCACGGUCUUCGACCUCUGGAUGUAGAGUGCAUGAAAGCUUUGCAUGAAAAAGUCAACAUAGUUCCCAUAUUGGCCAAAGCUGACAGCCUGACACAAGAGGAAGUGUUUAGAAAGAAGAUACAGAUCAGAGGGGAGAUUAAGCAGUUUGGAAUCAACAUCUACCAGUUUCCUGAGUGUGAUUCAGAUGAGGACGAAGACUUUAAGUAUCAGGACCAGAUACUCAAGGGCAGCAUCCCAUUUGCCGUAAUUGGAAGCAAUGUUCAAGUGGAGAGUAAAGGUCGGAGGGUCAGGGGUCGUAUUUAUCCCUGGGGUGCAGUUGAAGUAGAGGACCCAGCUCACUCUGACUUCCUGCUGCUGAGGAACAUGUUGGUGAGGACGCACAUGCAAGACCUGAAAGAUGUGACCCGAGAGACCCACUACGAGAACUUCAGAGCCCAGUGCAUCCAGAAUAUGACGCGCAUGGUGGUGCAGGAGAGGAAACGCAGUUUGCGUGAGAGGUAUCAAGACGCGAGCGAGGCAGAUUUCCCUCUGCCGCUCGCCGCCGUUGACACAGAGCGGGAAAGACUCAUCUUUGAGAAAGACGAAGAGCUGAGGAGGAUGCAGGAGGUUCUGCAGAGGAUUCAGGAGCAGAUGCAGCGCAGCCAGAGUGAAGGUUGAUUCUCCUAAUAUUCCCUGGAGGAGGAGACUGAUUAGGAGCGCCCAGAAAACAGAGGGGGCCAUCUUUUUACAAAGUCUGAUGAACAAAAAGAGAUGGAUUUAAAAAGGAACACAACAACUUGCAGACUAGAGUGUCAAGCAAGCUGAUUGGCUCAUCCUGCCAGAAGGCCAUUUACAACAUGGAAGGAAUAAAAACUUUGUCCGGUUGCCUAAAAGCUUUUCCCUUAUCAAAAAUGUUCCAUAACGGCAAAGAUAAAUUUAGGAGGGUAAAGUUAAGCCUCUUUGGUUAUCGCCUUAGUUACGAGGAGUUCAGAUGAAGUGUGUUUUGUGUGUUGACACCAUGCUUUAGUCUUUUUCAUACUACAGCAAAUGUGCAUUUCAGUUACCAUUGUUAAACUUCACUCGCAUUGUAAUUAUCCUUUAACAUUACAUGACAGUAUUAAUGUUUUAAUAUGCAAGCUUUAUCAAACUCAGUUUUCUCCUCCAAGGA